CGUCUAGUUUGCCCCGUUCCCGCUGGAAGAGCAGAAAGCCGGGCCAGGAGGGAGAGGCCAGAGCCGGUCUGCACUGGAGACAGAGCUGCGGGGAUCCCCUCCGGCAGGACAGGCACCGGCUGACACUGAGGUUUCUGGUACGUCGAGACAUCAUGAUCAAGGCUUUGAUGAGUUCUGGGAAGGCGACUCUCUUCCACCAUGAUCUGCAGAGUGGGGUCACCUACCGGAUCCCUGCACUGCUGUAUAUCCCCCCAGACAUGUUCCUGGCAUUCGCAGAGAAACACUCCUCUUCCAGGAACGAGGACGCUGAGUACCUGGUGCUGAGACGAGGUCGGAAGACAGGGACUUCAGUCGAGUGGGGGCCCAGGGAGCCCUUGACGAGCGCAGUGUUACCAGGUCACCGCACGAUGAGCCCCUGCCCGGUGUACGAGCGGAGGAGUCAGACUGUCUUCCUGUUCUUCAUCUGCGGGCAGCACGUCUCAGAGCAAUGGCAGAUCUGGACCGGGCAGAACGCCGCCCGGCUGUGCUAUGUCCGCAGUGGGAACGCCGGCCGGACCUGGAGCUCGUUAACAGACUUGACGGAGCAGGUGAUUGGGGAAGACUUGAAGGACUGGGCCACGUUUUCAGUGGGACCAGGGCACGGUGUACAGCUCCGCUCUGGGCGGCUGGUGAUCCCGGCUUAUACCUACCACAUUACAGCUCGCUGCUGCCGCCUGCCGCUGUCCUGGGGGACCCAACCCCGGUCCUUGGUCUUUUAUAGUGAUGACGGCGGGCAGCGCUGGCACAAGGGUGAGGAUUUGAUUAAGGGCAUGAAGACAGUGGAGUGCCAGGUGGCCGAGGUAGCAUGCCAGGGCUGCGACCCCGUGCUGUACUGCAACGCCCGCACCCCCUGCUGGUGCCGGGCAGCAGCGUUCAGCACAGACCAGGGGCUCACAUUCGAAUGCCACUCCUCGUGCUGCCAGGGCAGUGUGGUGAGCUUCACGCUGACAACGGGGCUUCUGGAGGCGGAUGGCAUGGAAGAGCGAGACGCCCCAGCCCCUGAGACAACCUGCCUGUUGAAUGGUGGGAACGCCCCCUCCGCCAUCCACAGAAGCACCGUGUUGUGGCUACUUUACUCCCACCCAACAGGUAAAUGCAAGCGGGUCGACCUGGGCAUCCACCUCAACCAGUCCCCAUUGAAUGAAGCCAAGUGGGAGCACCCCUGGCUCCUGUACAAAGGGCCGUGGGGUUACUCAGACCUGGGAAUGUGCCAGGAGGUGCCAGCACUGCUCUUGUUUGGCUGCCUGUUUGAGUGUGGGGUGAAUCAUGCGUGUGAGGAGAUCGCCUUCCAGCUCUUCUGCUUUGAGGAUCUCCAGAAGGAUAGAGGCUCCUUGGAGCAGCAGCCCAAAGUAAAGCUGAAAUCUGUCUAG